CUCCCAUGAUCCUCUGGGAAAAAGAAGCACACAGUGGCUGCUCUUCCAGGCCAUGCAGACAGAGAGUUGAUGGGCUCCAUUUUGGAGAGAGGAGCCAGGCUGCUGGGGUGGAGCCUUUUCCAGGUCAAGAACUGUCGGGCUGGAGCUAGACCCUGUUACUGAGAGCUUGGAUCUAGCAGGCUGCUUCAGGGGCUGUUGGUGAUUGUCCCUGGAUGGAAGAGACUUUGGCUGAGAAGGGCCUACAUAAACCUGCAUAGAAGGUACUUUAUGUAACUGUGACUCUUUGGGAAAGUGCUGCCUGGGAUGGAGCCCAGAAAAAAGACUGACUCUGGGUCCAAAGAGAAGCAGAGUGAUCUGCCCAGUGAACCAAAGUUGCUGGAUUGCCUUGCCUGGACAGACUGCUUAUCUUGGACUGACACACAGAACCUGCACAGUGCUGUCUCCACUCCAGCUGCAGACCUUCAAGCGCACCCACGCAAGCGUCUGGGACUCUGAAUCCAGAGAAGUACACACACUGGCACUGGAGAUGGGGGACACCCUGACUUCAGCAAUCCCCUCUCCUCUCCCCUCUGCACAAGUAGCAGAAGAAUCCUGGGAGCAGAGUGGCUGCAGGAUGGAGCAAGCUUGCGGGGAGGAGCAGCUGAACACACGCUGACAGCAACUCCUCUGAGAAAAUGUUCGGAAUCCUGCUGAUCUUGAUACUGCAAUUGCAGCUCUACUUGAUAAGAGCUUUUUUCACAGUUGAAGUUCCUCAGCAACUGUACAUUGCAAAAUAUGGGAGUAACGUGACAAUGGAAUGCAGAUUUCCAGUGGAUGGCCAGUUAAAUCUUAAAGAUUUAAGAGUCAGUUGGGCAAAAAAAGAAUUACAAGAUCAAAAAUCAAAAGAAGUUUACACUCUUCAGAAGGGGGAAGAAGAUCUUAAAUCCCAGCACAGCGACUAUAGGGGAAGAGCAACACUGUUACAUGAUAAAUUGAAUUUGGGAUAUUCUGUGCUUCAAAUCACCAAUGUAAAGCUCAUGGAUGCAGGGUCUUACCGCUGUCUCAUUGACUACAGAGGAGCUGAUUACAAGUACAUUACUUUGAAAGUAAAAGCUCAAAGAGGUUCAUCAGUUGGAAAAAAAUCUCUGAUUUUAUUUAUCAUCCCAACGUGUAUAAUAGCAGUUAUUCUCAUAUCUGCAUUAAUUAUCUUUCUAAAGAGAAAAUCACUCACAAAGCUCCAUGUCAAAAAAGGAAAAAAAAGAAAAAGCCCCCAGUUACACAAAGAAGACAACAGAGACAUGAAUCCUCAAACCCAGGACUUAAUCAUGACGAAUGUCACAGAUUCAAAAGACUGCAUGGACGUGUGCCCAUGAAGACCCUUCAUCUGCCAUGCUUACUGUUUGCACUUUUCAGAUUCCUUUUUGAAGACUGGAUAGGGAAAUCACAGCACUUUAUGUCUGGAACAAACAAUGCACAUUUUUUGUUUUGUUUGUACUACCAUCUAAACUAAGGCUCCCUGUGCCUUUUACCAUGUUAUCUUAGAAUUACAGAGACCCAUACUAUUAUUGGAUGAGGUUAACAACCAUAAAAGGAUUAUUGGAGUAUAUUCUAUACAUUGUAUGUUUGGGCGUAUUGUUCAGCUGAGAGCGCUGUGUGCACCAAAUAUUUGGUGUUCAAGAAUCCCCUUAACUGAUUUAAUUUCUGGAGUAGAGUCGGGAUACAAAGCUUUGGUCACAUGUCAUGGGACUCUGACUAGAGGCUGUAAGUGCUGUCAGAUGCCUGAACAAUCAUCUUUUGUAUGCAGAAAUUUCUACAUAUGUCUCUUUCACAGGCCAAACUUUACAACACAUAACUGGAAAUUACCUAGAGCACCAACAGCAAGGAGAUAGAUGGAAGAAGUUUCAUUGUACAAUACUAUCAACAGUUUGAAAAACACAUCAAGCAACAGACCCAGAAAUGACCCCUGGAUUAACAUUAAGUCGUAUAAUCAACAGUUCAUUGCACAGGUUGUUGUGCUGAUUUCUUUAUAGUUAUUUCUUCUUUGUUGAAGCUAAUAUUAAAACUAUUUCACAGGUGGGGGGGACAACUAAAAAUGUAGAUUAUGAUGAUGUAUCAACACAUUGGCUAAAUGUUUUGUUCUACACUAGUUCAUUUAAUGGGGAAUUACAAAGCAAAAUAGUGAAUUGAAUGAGGUAUAUGUUUCUGUGCUCAAUGUGUUUACUACUAGCUAGGGUGCAGUUUUAAUCUUCCCCAGGAACCAAAAGUUAAUCCUCUUCAUGCCAACCACGGGACAGAGUCCUUACAUCCCAUCAAAGGCAUGCCUGUCACCUAUGAAUAACUGAGUACAGGAGACCACUAUGUUUUUAUAUUACUUCCUGAAGUACCAUUUUGGAAAAAAGGUUUGUGUCCACAUUGUGAGCCAAAACCUGGUAUAAUUUGUCCCCAGAGCAGUGGCUUUUGUGAGCUUUUGUCUUUUGGGAAAGGAGCCAUUGCUUAGAAGUACCUUGUAGGGAUAACGAAACAGAGAUACAAACAAGCCAAUCAAACAAACGUCUGUUGUAUCUCCUCUCCCUGCAAAACAUCUCUUGUUUGGAGUUCCCCAAAAUGUUUAGGUCCUGCUAUAUGAAAAUGAUCACAGCAGCAAAGUUAAUGUUUUUCUCUUCCUCCACUAGGCAUGGAUUUGUAUAUUUAGAAUCUAGUUUUCUAUUGUUCUGAAUCUUGUGCAGUUAUUUACACCAGGGCAUAGUAGGUGUACCACACUACUUAAUCAGAAUGAUAGCAUAUAUACCCACUUUGCACUCAUUUUGCCCUGGUGUAAAUGGCUAGACAAGGUACAGAGCACUAGAGAAUUAGGUUCCUAAUAUGUGGCAGGAACUGACUUCCAGAUUUAGCAGUAGUAUUGUUUUUAUAAAUAACCACGGGUUGAUGGGGAAAGAACAAAUUUAAGAAUCAUGACUUUGCUUUCCAUGUAUCGAACUUUUAAAUAUCCAGAUGCCUGUUGUUUGCUGGAAGCAUCUGCCUUUUUGUGUUCAGUUCAGAUGUAGCCCAUUGCAGAGGAGAGACACACUGACCUAGAUCACAAUGGCCCAGAUUUUCUGCUGAAUUUAGCAAAUCAGUUGGGAUGUCAGAGAAUCAGUUAUAGUUACAGAUACAAAGUUUGCAUCCACGUCUCAUCCAAGAUACACAGAUAUAAAGAACAUAUCCACAGAUUUGAAAGGCUCUAGAUAUAAAAUUUGGAUCUGCAUACACACACAAUCUGUAAAAAUGGUCUGUAGAUAGAGUUCAGACCUGUGUGGUUCUAGUUAUGGUUCACUGAUUCUCUGCCAGGCCUCAUAUGCAGAAAGGAGAAGACAGGGGACUUCUCUAACUCGCAUCAGCUAACAAUGGGUCCCUAAGGAACCAUCCACGAGUGGAAGACAGCCAAAGUAUAUCAUGCAUCAGCCAUUUCCUCUCUGCUUUGACACAUUUACUGUGCUAGAGAGGCAUGGGAGCUGGUCUCAAACUCACAGGGACUUCCCCCUCCCUCUCCCCCAAGUGAUGGUCAUACUAAACUAGAAGUUACGGGCUGUCUCCAUUAUUUUUGUGCUGCCUGAGCAGUGCAGAGAAUCUGGUCCAUUGUGCUCUUACAUGGAGAUUUUAUUUUGUUUUGUUUUCCGUAUUCAUAAAAUAAAUGUCAUUAAAGCUGGAAGCACGUUUGCUUUCUGCAUUUGGAAAAACAUAAUACCUGUGCAUUGAUGUUCCCUCUUUAUUGAAAUGAUCAGAUUGCGGACGUUCUGCCUGACGUUAUUAUCUUAUGCUGAAGAGUCAAUUUUGCCCUAUCUUGUGUAGGUUCAAUAAUGGGGAAUCUGGCCCCAUGGAGAAGCCUACACUAUGCAUUUCACCAUUAGGUGUAAAAAGCACUUGUGACGGGGCGUUUGCCCGGCACUGGCCCUUUAACGGCAAAUCCCAGCCUGGAGCAGGGCCUGGGAGUUUAGCCCCAGCUGAGGCUGCAUUAGUUGAUUAGGGCCCAGCUGGGAGCUAUAUAAGAGCAUGGGCGGUGGCUCCCAAGAGGAGAGCAGUGAGAGCCUGGCUGUUGGGGGAGUAGGA